UGUAGCAACAGCAGCAGCAGCAGGGGAAAUCAGGGAAAUCUGGGAUAUCUUGGGAAAGGGGAGUCGGUAAAAACCGGGACUGAACCAGCAGGAAUCCCCAAGAAGCUCAAGCGGGAACACGGCGGGGUUUCAGGCCGGACUCUGCGCUCUGUGUGCCGGCUGCUGGCUGCGGUUUUCCCCCCUAAACCUCCCUGGAUCCGCACAGCUGAUUGAAUUCAUCCUCUCUGUGCUGUGUUGGAGCUGGACUGAGCAGUGUUAGCAGACCAAAGAUGGAUCAGUUAUCAGACGAGGAGGUGGAGGUCAGGGAGGAUGAAGAAGAGGAAGAGGACAGCGAUAAGGAGGACCAGGACCUUGAUAAGAUGUUUGGAGCCUGGCUAGGGGAGCUGGAUAAACUCACACAGGUACAAAGAAAUGAUCUUAAGAGUCUAGACGAUGGUCGCCCACAGCAGCCACCUCAACAGAAAGCUCCACUCAGACAAGAGACAAACAUGGCCAACUUCUCCUACAGAUUCUCCAUCUACAACAUCAACGAGGCGUUAAACCAGGGUGAAAACGUGGACCUGGACGCUCUCAUGGCUGACCUCUGCUCCAUUGAACAGGAGCUCAGCACCAUCAACACCAAACCUAACAGUGCAAGUGGCAUGGCUCGCCUGGGGCUGACCGACACAAAGGUCCGUCAGAAGCCUCCAGCAGGGCGCAGCAGCAAACAGCAGUCAGCAGGGUGCAGUGUUGGUGGCAGCGGAGGUGGCAGCAGCAGUAACAGUAUUAGCGGAGGGGGGGGCAGCAGCGGGGCGAGCAGCAGCAGCAGCAGCACCAGAGCGUCACCUGCCGGCACCAUCAGAGCUCCUACGGGGCAACACAGUAGACCAGCGCUGGCAUCCAACUUCAGUCUGGACGACAUUACCGCACAGCUGGAGAAGGCGUCUCUUAGUAUGGAUGAAGCUGCUCGUCAGACGUCCUCUCACUCUCUCAGCUCCGCCUCCACGUAUUCAUCGUCAGCCUCAGUGCGACGUCCCGGAGCCUCUCAGCGCCAACAUCGGCGUACAGGAUCAGUGGGAACGGUCAGCGAGCACGAGGUGCGUUCCAUCGUUCACUCCUCACGCUCCUCAGUCACGUCAGCCUCUGAGGUUUCAGUAAACUCCGCCUCCUCCAUGGACUCGUUGGACAGCGUUCUUCGCAGUGAAGCAGACGGUCAGCAGGCCUCUGUUUUACCUCCAGCUGAAGGAGCCGGACAAGGGCACAUGGAGCACCUUCUGGACAGGGAAACCUCUCUGAUUCUGAGAAACAUAGCAGGAAAACCUUCACACCUGCUGACCAAGGAGGAGCAGGCGGCCAAGCUGAAGGCAGAAAAUAUCCGGGUCGCACUGGAGAAGAUCAAGGAGGCACAGGUUAAAAAGUUGGUGAUUCGUGUUCAUUUGUCAGAUGAGAGCUCAAAAACCAUGAUGGUGGAUGAGAGACAGACCGUCAGACAGGUUUUGGACAGUUUGUUGGAGAAAUCUCACUGUGGUUACAGCCCAGACUGGUCGCUGGUGGAAACCAUCAAUGAGCUGCAGAUGGAGCGGAUCUUUGAGGAUCACGAGAACUUGGUGGAGAACUUGCUGAACUGGACCAGAGACAGCCAGAACCGUCUGAUGUUCACAGAGCGCAUCGAGAAAUACGCUCUGUUCAAAAACCCACAGAACUAUUUGUUGGGGCGGAAGGAGACAUGUGAGAUGGCUGAAAGAAACAAAGAGGCUCUGCUGGAGGAGUGCUUUGGUGGCAGCUCUGUGUCUGUUCCUGAGAUGGAGGGAGUUUUGUGGCUCAAAGAGGAUGGGAAGAAGUCGUGGAAGAAGCGUUACUUCCUGCUGAGAGCUUCUGGGAUCUACUACGUUCCUAAAGGAAAGGCCAAGGCAUCCAGAGACCUGGUGUGUUUCUUCCAGUUGGAUCACGUUAAUGUUUAUUACGGUCAGGACUACAAGAGCAAAUACAAAGCUCCUACGGACUACUGCAUGGUGCUAAAGCACCCUCAGAUCCAAAAGAAGUCUCAGUACAUCAAGUAUCUCUGCUGCGAUGACGUCAGAACUCUCCAACAGUGGAUCAACAGUAUUCGAAUUGCCAAGUAUGGGAAGCAGCUGUACAUCAACUUCCAAGAGGCAAUGAGGAGGACAGAAGCCGCCUACGACUGGUCGUCCCUCUCUUCUUCGUCCAUCAAGUCAGGAUCGAGCUCCUCCAGCCUCCCAGAGUCCCAGUCCAACCACUCCAGCCAAUCAGACAGCGGCGUUUCAGAGAUGACGUCAAGCCACACCCGCUCCCAGAGUGUCGUCAGCUCCAUCUUCUCUGACGCCUGGAGAAGAGGAACACAAGGAGAGAUGAUGAGGAUCGACCCUAUCAGUAGACCCAUCCCAGUCCAAAUACCCUCCAUCUCCCCUCAGACGAUCCCUCUCGCUCAGACUCCACCAUCCCGGACCAGCUACACAGAUGGCCUCGUCCAGUCUGAGGAUUCCUCUCCCUCGCCACCAUCACCUCCUCCACCUCCGCCUCCUCCUGUUGCAAGUGUGCCCCACCAGGCAGCUCCUACCUCCUCGUACAUCAAGUACAGCACGCUGGCUCGCCUUCAGAAUCAGAACCAAUCAAGGACACAGCCGGCAGGAGCAGCCCCGACAGGACCUCCAAAUCAAACUACAAAAUCCAACUACAAUACCCUCCCUGCAACUUACAGCACCCCUACCACGCUACCACCCUCUCCUCCACCUCCUCCUCCACCAGUGGCACCAGCUCCUGGAUCAGCAAUGGCUGCACUCAAACACGGUGGAAUAAGUCCAUCUGCUCUCCCACCACCCCCACUAGAGGAGGACCUGCAGGAACCAUCCUACCUCCCACCUCCACCUCCAGAGAGCCUUGAGACCAAUGGCUUGCCUCCGCCUCCACCUCCAGAGCCAAUCCCCAGCUCAUGCCCUCAGCUUUCCAACAGUGGCCUCCAACAGUUCCUGUCACAGAAGUUUCCCAACAUGGUAUACGACUUUAGCCCAGCUACGGCUGAGGAUAAUUCUCCUCCAGCUCCACCACCUGAAGUUUCUCCACCUACUUCCCUCCAAGCUCAGCGGCCUAUGUCCCCUAAUGCACCUCCUCCUGCACCUCCCAAGACCUUUACUGGUGGAUUUCCUCCUCAAACAGCUCGCAAACCCUCGGGUCCUUCUUCUCUUCCAAUUGCUCUCUCACCUGUGUCGCCAACACAGCCCCAAACCAGCCAAGGACCCUUUAAAAAGCAGCAAAGCUUCUCAACAGGGCAUUCCCCAAAUGCGCCACCUCCCACCCUGCCAAAGCAGCACAGCCUCUCCUCCAAAAACCUUGCCAUCUCUCCCUCUGCCUCCUCUUCUUCUGUCUCUAUUGCUGCUGCUACCUCCUCUUUGGUCAAACAGAUUGUCAACCAGUUCCCUGGAAACUCAGCCUCCUCCCCUUUGCCUGCUUCAAACUCCAUGGAAGGAUCCAAGUUUGGUGCUCCUCAGUCUCCUCCAGCAGUCAAGGCCAAACCAAAAUGGCAGCCUGGAGGAGUUGUGGCUCCACAGUCCCCAGAAUUCCCACCACCUCCUCCAGAAAACUCAAUUGGUGAGUUCCCUCCACCUCCUUCUUCUACCGCCAACAAGACAGGCUCUCCAAUAAAGAAGUCGCCAUCUUCCUCAUCCACAGGAUCUACAAAGCGAGGGCCUCCACCAGCUCCACAAAGAGCCUCUUCCAUCCGGUCCAACUCAGGGGAGGGUCAGGAAGAAAAGCCAAAGAAGGUAGAGAGCCUUGUUAGUAAAUUUGGACAGGCUCCUCAAACAGGAACGUCAUCCAAUUCUUCAUCAGUGACGGGUUCACCUUCAAAGGAUUCCUCCACACUUCCUGCUCCCCUUCCAAAGCCAGGGAAGCUGAACUUGGCAAACCUCCCGUUGGCACUCCAGGGGCUGCAAACUGGCCAUCAAGCCUCUGAGUUCCCAUCCCCUCCUCCCCCACCACCACCAUCAAAUACUCAUCACCUUGACUCAGCACCUGACUACUUUCCACCUCCUCCAAGUGACUCUGAGCUUUUCCCACCUCCUCCCCACCCAUCAGAGUUCCACCACCCGCCAAAAGUUGCUGUGGUGAACCCCCAGCCUCAAAUGCAGCAAACUCAACAGGCUGUGCCCUCCUCUUUGCCUUCAUCAUCAUGGAAGCAAGGUUCGCUGAAAAAGGGGGUGGCAGUCCCUCCUCCAAUGCUGAACCGACGGAGCAGCAACACGAACCAGUACGAAAACACGUCAAUGCCCCUAUCACCACCACCUUUGUCUCAGACUCCACCUCCUUCCCUUUCCUCUUACUCCUCUUCCUCCUCCCCAAUCCCCCCAACCUCCCCAAAAUCAGCAGGGCCGGGCGCUUUGGCGCUAAAGCCCCUCUUCUUAGAAGACCUCAACCGCACCCUCAAGAGGAAGUCAAUUUCUCGCCAUGGCUCGCUCACCUCUUCCCACCUCAUUCCCUCCUCUAAGAUGGAGCCUGUGGGCACCAUGGACGAUAUGGCACUCCUGCCACCUCCUCCCCCAGAGCUCCUGCAGCAGCAGCACCCCCACCAGGGUGUCCGAGGACAAUCCAAAACUUUGUCCCGUCACCACGCACACUCCCAAUCUGCCAAACAUGCCAACAUCUCAGGCUAUGCAACGCUGCGGCGAGGUCCACCACCCCAGCCUCCAAAACGGGACCAAAGCACCAAACUGACCAGUGAGUGGUAGGAGGCAAGGACAUGGGGUGGACUAAAGGACUAAAACUGACUACUUAGGUCUCAUUGUUACUGCAGAAAAGAAAUAAUCAAUGUCUGUCUUGACUUGUCUGUCUCUUCUCAUCCUAAAGCAUCUACCCUUGGAUUCCCAACAAGUAGCAAAUUGACCCUUUGUCAAGCUCUGCCUGUCUUUGUAACUGUUACUUGGUUAGACCAAAUCUCUUGAUGCCAGGCCCUUUGCCAUUUGAAAAGAUAGAAAAUACUUUGCUGUUUGAUUUUAGUUAAUAUUUAAUUACUGUGUUUAGGAGAACUCCAAAUCUCUAAAAUCUAGGGAUGCAAGUGAUUAACCAGCUAAAUGGUUUAAGGCAGGUCCUUUUAUAGCCAGCAUCAGAAUUACAGGUCAGUUAAACUAAUUAACAUUUUUUUUUAUCAGUAGAGGCCCAAAGUCCCAGUAAAAUGCUUUGUCUAAACUGCUACUCAGCUGCCUGCCACCUGCUUACUGAUAGCACUGAUAGCAUCUCCUGCAAACAGUGCGGUUUAGCAUGAUUUUGAUCUAGAAACGGGGAAGAAGUUUUACGUAGGCUGUGUUAGGUUUAAUUCACUUAUAACGAUUAGUAGUGAUAUUUAGCACAGUAAUGAGGAAGUUAACCAACAAAGAGUGUUAAAGUAGACACAUUCUGCAAACCAACAACUUGGCACUGUUGUGGUGUGACGGUGUAGGUUCUCUGUAGAUGACAUCAUGCAGCGGUGGUAAACUCUCCUUGGGGGGCAAGAAUUGAUUUCUGCAUAGAGAAACUAUUAUACAUUUUAAAUUAUACUUCUUGCCAAUAUUUAUACUGUAUUUGGCAGUGUGGCUGUUCAGGGAUCCCACUGCCCUUCCAGUAGCCACAUGGAAUGCAUCAGCAGGAACAGCACGCAUUCCUGCCUUUCCCGUGCCAACGAGGAAAGGCUGAGGUAGGGAGAGGAGCAGUAAGAACCCAGAGCAGAGCAGGCAUCAGUGACAGCAGAACGACACUAUGUCAGAAGCAGAAUAAAGGAGGAGCUGGGGUGGAGGAGGGUUGCAAAAAAUGCUUGCAGAGAGAGCAGCAAACCGUUCCCAGGCUAGAGCAGUUUAAAUAUGGCAGUAUGGGCAAAUAGCAUGCAUAGAAGCGAAUCAGCUGGCAAUCAGCUGAUGAGGGCUUGUGUGAGAUCAACUGAUCUCAAUUAUAUGGCAGCGCUUGACACGUAGCUUGCCUGAACUAAUGGUAUACACUUGAUUUUUAAAAGUUUAUUUGACCAGGAGUCCAGGUAUGCAUUUAUAAAAAUGAUAGUUUAACCAACUAAUGACUCUUGUGCCGGCUAAUUUGAAAUCAGUCUUUGACCAUUUAGCUGGCUAACUGCACAUAUCCUUAUUUAAACUCAUUUACAAUAUUAUCCAAAUGUGAUACUUUUGAUGUUGGCUAAUGUUUGUUGUCCUCAGCAGCAAAUGAGAUGUGUUGUACAUUCAGAAUUGCCUUACUAGACCGUCACUGACAUGUCAACAUUAACUGUUAAGUGGAUGUUGAUGCCACUUAGCUAGUGUUAUACAAUAGCAACUUUAACGUUUUAUUAAGAUCAUUGAUAGCAGUGUGCAUUUGUAAAUUUGCUUUCAAGUAACAUUACAGCUACUUAACAUGAUCAGCACAUCACAUAAUUUAUCAGUAUUAAAAUGUUUUCACAGACAUUUGAGCAUAUGUUAGCAUUCUACACGAUUGUUGAUGGGUUGAAUUGUGAGUGUGUUUAUUAACAGAGUCAAAUCCAAAGAUCAAAGAUAUUUUCAUAAUUAAUCUUUGGUUUAGCAAACGACAUGAAAAAUUCUCCUGGAUUUUUGUGAAUGUUUUGAGUCACUAUUGCAGAUACCCCUCUAACAUACCCUUUAACCACAUUGAAGUAACAAAAUUAAGUUAAUGGCUGUCUGAAAAUACUUGGCCUGGACAGAGGUUUGUCUAACUGGAAGUAGCCCUCCACCGGCUGCUAAGGAGGGGAGGGCGGGUCAGGGUCAGUGAUUGGUGGACCAAUCAAAGAGCCAACAAAGGGUCAAUUGUCAAUCCUGCUCUUAGUGUUAGAUUAUGAUUGUUCCUAUUAGCCUCAUUAUUACUAUCAUCCUCAUUAUUAGUAUCAUUAUCAAUACAUGUUUAAUCCAGUGACAUGAGUAAAUAUAUAUAUGUAAAUAUAUAUAUCUGUAUACAAGCAAGCCAGAAAGAAUCACCUAUCGAGCUUUUUCACAAUGUCUGUGCAGCUUUGCAUUGAAAUAUACAAAAAGACAAGACUUGAACGACAACAGCAACAGAGACAAUUUUGCUGCAAAAUAACUGGUACUGCAUGGAGCCGCGGCAACAGAAGUAGCGCAACUCAUGAAGGGAAGGAAGGAUUGAUUGAAGGAACAAGGAACGUGGAAUGAUGUGUAUAGAAAUGUAUGUUGUGGACUGGUGGGGAGGGAGCAUUGCCAUUUAUUUCAAACUUUUUUUGUGUGUGUGUUUUUAUAUAAGAUUAUUUAAUACUGGAAAGAUAUUGUUAUUAUAAUUAUUUUAAGUUUUAAAGAAGUGUCAAAAGAGAAUGAGUUUGACUGGAGCGUCUGUACUCCCAAAUCUGUCAAAGUGUUGAUCUGGGUUGAAAACGUAGCGUACAGCUAGUUCCACUGAGCUUAUUCUUGGAUUAAUUAAGCAAAUCGUGUUUUUUAAAUUUAGUGCAUCAUGGCUGAUUGGUUGGUGACUAUGAAGGUAAAAGACUUGGCUGUGUCCGGAAGCAUACUGAAUAUUUACACUAUUCAUACUAAGAGUGGCAUCAAGCUGAGAAUGUUGUAUGUUUUGAUUUUAUAGUAUUCAAUUUUUGUAUGCAAGAAAUCCCCAGGAGUAGAGGAGGUAAGGCUGGCCACACACUAGAUGGGUUUCAGAUCUUCAACAAUUUCCAAAAUACAGGACACCACAAGCAUAAGGAAAGUUUAAAAUGGGUUUUCAUCUUAAAAUCAUCUGGAGGAAACAAAGUUCCAGCAAAACAUGUAGUUUGAAGAAGAACAUUGUUUGACCGGCAUGUGGCCUUCAUCAGGACCCUGAUGAGCCAAUAGUUUUCAAUAUGAGGUCAGGACAGCAUAAAAUAAGUUAAAGGUCAAAUAAAAACCUGGUCAUUUGGUGAGAUUCAUGCUGAAAUCAACAUUAUGCUUGAAAAAUCCUUAAAAUGUAAAUCUGCACACAAUUAUUCUUAAACAUGCAUGGCUAUGUUAAACUGUGCUUCAACCAUCCUCGGGCACAGGUGGCGUCCUCGGUCUCUGGCACCUGUAUUUUGGGGGUCGUGGGCAGAAAAGUUUGGGUACCCCCUGCUCUAAACUACAAGUGUUGCUGGAGCUUUCUGUUUCCUCCGUGACUUAAUUUAACCCCUGUGCACCUUGAGCGGUUGAAGUUGUAACAGAAAUACCUACUUCAUGUUAUAAUCGUCUGAACGUGCAUAUUAGAUGACUAAGCCUUACUAUGAAACCAUACAGCUGCUUUGUAGUAAUGAUUUCACUGUGUUGAAUGCACAUACACAACAUCUCACACAAAUGCAUGAUCAAAUGUGACUGGGGAUAUAUGACGUUUUUUUUUUUGUUUUUUUUUUUGUUUUUUUUAUAUAUCAGAUAUGCCAAUAUUUCAAAACUCAUUCUCGUACAUUUUGCCAAUAUAUUGGCAGGAAUGUUCUUAUCUGCUAUAUUUAAUUCUCUAAGCUAUCAUAUGCCAGUACCGAUAUCAUGCCAAUGAUACUGUACGCACUUUAAUGUGAUUUCAGUAGAGAAACAAACAUGAGGGACGAUCGUAAUCCUCAGCUGGCUGCCCUGGUGAGCGUUAUGGUUGCUGUAAAAUCAAACAAGGAAAAGAAUACGGGUGAAGGUAUAGUUGUGUUUAAGUUUGUAAGCCAUAAAAGUAUAUAAUAUCCGAUUGGUGACAUCACUUGGUCUGCUUCCAUCAUUGUGAGUAGAUGUCAAACAUAUUUAAAAUUUACAAUUCGAGGUUGUGGAGGCACUAGUGCAGUAGUAGGCAACCCUCCAAUCAUCGAGGAGGGGAAAUCUGGCCUAAAGUCAGGCUUAAAGCUGUGCAGUGUGUGAUCAUUUUAAGACAUAUUUUUAAAGUUUGGAACAGGAGCACACUGGCUGAACAAUAUUAUCAAUAUGACAUCAGUAUACGCAGAUAUUGGCUUAAAAGUUUAGCUAUGUCAGCAGCUUUAAGAUUUCUGCACACAUUUACAGUUGGCUAUAAAUAUCAGCCAUAUGUACAAUACGUUUGUGGAGUUUACGGGUGGGCAGACAGACCUACACCAGCUGAAGGCUUUUCUUUGUUUAUCUUCAUUCUUUAAACUUUAAAUAUGUUUUAAGAACUGAAGUUUAGGUCUGAACUACAUUUAUAUAUCAGUAUCAUCCAAAAUGAAUUUGUAAAUAUUUGCAUAUCUGAAAAAAAAUUGAUAGUUGUGCAUCCCUAAAACUGCCCCAAAUGCAUUGUUGCCCUAAGAGUACACAAGCAGAGUUCACUGGCCAGCCAACAGGCUGUGUAUGAAUAGAAGUAACCUGACUGUAAUACCUCAAAUAACUACUUAGCUGUGUUAAUACCAAAUGUAAGUUUAUUAUUGUUGACUUUUAUUUAUGAAGCGAAGAUCACACUAGCUUGUUGCUCAGAUCAGGCCAGAAAUCUAUGAACAACAAAGUCAUUUCAUACGGAGAUGACAGGCUUCUAAAUAAGGUGGGAUGGAGUAUUAACCAUCAGCUUAGCAUGCAGUAUGUACUACUUGAAUAUGGAGUAGUGUUGUAUGCAGUUUUGGACACAGCCUUGAUCUUAAAAUGUACUUUAAACAUGAAAUGUAAAUCUGCAAGAAUAAUGGCAGGUAAGGCUUUGCUCAUAUUAAAGCUGUUUUGAAAAAUGAAUUAAUACUCUCUUUGUGCAAAAUAUAAAUCUGGGAAAUGAACACCAACAUGUCCAUGCUUUGGCUCUUAAUGAAACAAAACCAGAUUUCAAUUCAUAUAUACUUAGUUUUGCAGCAUCAAGAUGUUGCAGAGACUCAACCAGAACCUCCUUUAAUUUGAGCUCAGCCUUAAGUCACCAGUAACAACACAUUUGGAUAAAUCUUGGUAACAGACUUCAUUACCAAUGUUUGACUCCUCUGUAACUUCAUCAGAUAGCUUUGCAGUUAGAUCAUUUUUAUAGCUUGUAGACCUUUAAGCUAGUCAGCUACAAUGAACUGAAAUGUUUGAAAGAUGGUGAUCAUGAAUUUGCUGGUAAUAAAUCAAUCACUUGUUUGUCA